AUGGAGAAACGUCACAAAAGAAGAGUAGCAGCUCGAAACAACCGAAUGUUAAUUAAAAAGAUGCAACAAAUUAAAUCGGAAGAGUUCACGAAGAGUGUCGACGAAUGGAUACAAAGGAUUGCUGAAAAGGAGGCAAUGGCAAAAAAUGAGAUUCAAAUGAAGCACUCCGCUGACCUAACAUUAGCUGAAGUGAAGAAGAAAAUUAUGGAAAUGAAAAAAAAUCUCAAAUUGCUCAACUUGUUAAAGUCGUUAAAAGAUAUUAGAGUAUCGAAAGUGAAAGGUAUGAUGGAGUUGGACAAAUCUAAUACAUUUUAUCAGAGGGUAGAAAAUUUAAAAGUCUUCCUCAACAACCAACUGGUCGUAUAUGGACAUGAACAAAAGACGUUAGAAGUAAUGUUGAAGACUGAGCAAGCCUUGGACUCAAAACGCAACCAGAAGAUAAUAAAUGCAGCCGUCAUUAAUGAAAGUGAUGAAUAUAAAAGAUGUCUCAACAGUUAUUUAUUUGGGGAAACUCAGAGUGAAAAUAAUCUUUUUAGUGGUUAUUACGAGUUACCAAGUAGAGAUGCUUGUUCAUUUUUACACAUCAGACAUCAGUGGGAUCAAUACUUAGAUGCUGCUGAUGGGAGUAAAAUACCUACUUCAUGGGUUACUCCUUGCGAGCCUUCUUCUCUUCAAUGGCAAAGUGCCUUAUUGUAG